CGGUCCAUUGAUUGCAUUUCUUUCUAAGAUACCGGAAGUUCUCGCGCCCAUUUUUUCUUACAUUUUCGGAUCAGGUUUGUCGAAUUCCGGGUCCGGAUUUCUCCGUUUCCUACUCCUGCACCAUCCCUUUGCAGGCUUCAUGCCCUAAUUCCAAAACCCUCUUCCCCCUCCCUCUGAGAUUUUUUUCACUUUUCACCGACACCGUUUUACUUCUCCCCUUUUGCUGGUAUGCUUGCGAUGCCUUCUCAAUAUAUGCGUGUGAUGAGUGGGUUUAUAUAUGCACGUAAUCUGUUGAUUUGUACGUAAAAUUAUCCAGGACCGUCAUAGCCUCGUGGCAUAGUAACAGGCUGAACUGAUGCAAUGAGUAGGCUAUCAUUUAGGCCUCGACCCCUCGACAUCCACAAGAAGCUUCCCAUUUUAAAAUCUGUUAAGGACCUUGAAGAUGACGAGGCUUCCACUUCUAACCGUACCUCCCAGAUAGUGCGUUUUGCUGCAGAGGCUGAUAAUGAGGUGCGACAAAUACCUAUCAAGAAAAUUGCUUCAGAAAUACCUAUUCCCAAGUUUGUGGUUGUGGAUUCAUAUGAAAGAGACUACUCCUGUACUUUCUGUCAACCAACAUCAUAUGUGCAUGCGAGGGGAGUUCGGGCUGAGAUUGGUGAAGUUGUUGAAUACGAUCUUGACAACGAAGAUGAAGAUUGGCUUCUAGAAUUUAACGGAGAAAGAAGAACUCUUGAUGCUGAAAUGCUUGAGACAAUUUUGUUUAAACUGGAGGUUUUAGAUCACAAGGCUCGGGAAAGAGCAGGAGUAAUCACUCCAACACUUGGCUCGCCUAUUCCCAUUCUUUUAACUUUUGGCGCUGCUGCCGAGGCAUUGCAAGCCCUUUCCAUCAAAUAUGGAGUUUUUCAAGCUGUUUACAGUUACUGGAAGCAAAAGCGGGAACAAUGGCAAAAACCGAUUCUUCGGCGUGUGCAGCCACCUCCACCAGUCAAUGAUACCAAUCCAUACAAUGUAUUCAGGCGAAGGGAGAAAGCUCAUAAGCUUCACACUAGGAGGAUGCAAAGGAGGGAAAACAAUGUACAGUCAUUUGAAAAGCUUCGCCAGGUCCGGCGGAACCUUGAUCAGGCAAAAUCAAUGAUUGAGACUCUGAUCCAGAGGGAAGAGAAGAAACGGGAACUUGUGGAGAGCGAGGUUAGCCUUCAAAGAAUUCAAAUGAAGUACAAGCAUGAAACUGAGCUCCUUGAUGAUAAUCUGGCGCUACAUGGAUUACCGUACUUCCCAACCAAGGUUGAUUUAAGUGAGGAGGAUUUUGUAGAUUCUGAUGACAUGGUAAAUGGCCACCCACAUGGACCUACUGCGGCACAAAGUCAACCUUUCGCAGGAUCGAAGUUAAUGCUGGAUUUCGCAGGAAGCAUGAGGCAAGAGGCUGGACGUCGUCAUAUACCACACAGUUGGCUUCAUAAACUGGAUCCGAACGAGCCAGUUUUGCUGUUUACUAAACCAAUAGAUCCAUAUAAACUAUCAGCAGCGGGUGUAAUAUUUCCACCCAAUUGUUCAACCCCAAAUGGCAGAUCAUCACGCUCCUUUCAUGGAAGGAUGGGACGAGGGGGCCGAAUAGUGUUUGAUAGAUGGAAUCCGCUUAUGCAUACUCCAAUUGACUGUGGUGAUACAGUAUAUGGGCCUCCAAAACCGCGACAUUCUGCACAUCAUUAAUUUUCUUGCCAUUCUCUGAGCUUUAUCAGCAAUGAACUCUUUCAGAAUCAAUUCAAAUGUAAUUUCUCUUUGGGUAGAGGUUUGUUCAAGAAAAUAUGAAAGCUGACAACAUUUCAGGCUCAAUCUAUGGUAAAUUGAUGCAGAGACGAGCAAAACCAUCUCACACAAGUUUGCUGCAGGCGAUGCCAGAGUCUUCCCUACUCAAAACUCUCUACACGGGAUCUCCCCUUGAUACAAUUAUCUCAUUCUGGCCUAGAUGGACUAGGAAAUAGCUCUCUGUUUAGCAGCACAUGGUGUAAAAUUUGCAGGGUAUCUAUUUAAUUUGGAAGCUCGCAUUAAUAGCUCCCAAUGACAUAUCUACCUCUUGUAAAUGAUUUGUAUGGACCGAGGGCUAUAGUUUGGUAAAUUCAAGUUUUUCCUGUAGUUCGAUUUUACAACCUUUUUUC